CUACUUGCUACUUGCUUACUGUGUAUGCAUAUAGUCAAUAGUAUAAAAGCUGAAACUAUGUACCGACAUUAUCACAUUUGAUUGAUUCAACAAUUCAACAUGUUCUCCAAAAUCGUUGGUCUUUGCGCGCUGGUCGCCGUGGCCCAAGCGGGACUCUUAGUGGCUCCAGCUGUACACUACUCCCCCGCCGCGUCGGUGUCCUCCCAGAGCAUCGUCCGCCACGACGAGCUCGCGCCCGCCGCCAGGCUCGCUGCCCCCGCCGCCGUCGCCUACCACGCUGCCUCCGCUGCUGUCGCCUACCACGCCGCUCCCGCUCCUCUCGCCUACCACGCUCCCGUCGCUGCUGUGCUCGCACACCGUGAAGACCAGGAAUUCGCUCAUCCCAAAUACGAGUACAACUACUCCGUUGCUGACAGCCAAUCCGGAGACAACAAGUCCCAGCAGGAGUCCCGCGACGGUGACGUCGUAAAGGGAUCUUACUCGUUCCACGAGGCUGACGGCUCCAUCAGGACCGUGGAGUACUCCGCUGACGACCACAACGGUUUCAACGCGGUGGUGCACAACUCCGCCCCCACCGCCGCCCCCGCUCACGUCAUCAAGGCUGUCCCCGUGGCCCACUACUACCACCACCUCGCGAUACACAUUUACAGUUAUCAUUGGGUGAUCGACCACUUACAAAAACAAAACAAAAUGUUCUGCAAAGUAGUAGUUCUGUGCGCUUUCGUAGCGGUGUCUCAGGCGGGAGUCCUCGUCGCGCCCGCGCACUACUCGUCCGCUGCCGCGGUGUCCUCCCAGAGCAUCGUGCGCCACGACGAGGGUCACGCCGCCGGCCUGGUCGCGCCCAUCGCCAAGAUCGCUGUCGCCGCUCCCGUCUACCACGCUGCUCACGCCCCUGUCUCCUACGCCGCUCCCGUGGCCUAUGCCGCUCCCGCUCCCAUCGCCUACCACGCCCCCAUCGCUAAGGUCUUGGCUCACCAUGAGGACCAGGAGAUCGCUUACCCCAAAUACGAGUACAACUACUCCGUUGCUGACGGUCACUCUGGUGACAACAAGUCCCAGCAGGAGUCCCGCGACGGUGACGUCGUGAAGGGAUCUUACUCGUUCCACGAGGCUGACGGCUCCAUCAGGACCGUGGAGUACUCCGCUGACGACCACAACGGUUUCAACGCUGUGGUACACAACUCCGCCCCCGCCCACGUCGUCAAGGCUGUCCCUGUUGCUCAAUACUACCACCACUAA